AUGGCACACCAAUUAGGGGCUCUCUUAGCAACUUAUGCAAAGAAGAGGGCAAUGGGGAGCCAGGAUGGAACAUAUGAGACAGGGAUAUGGGAAGAUAUAAAACAAAUAUUCAGAGAGCUAGAGCAUGAAUUGGUAACAGGGGAUGAUACAGUGGAUGCACUAUGUAAAAUAAUGGCUAAGGAGGAGGAAAAGAGGGUAGACCGGCCUAUGGUAAAGCUUAUAUGCAACCACAUUAUAAGAAUAAUUUUUUUUGCAAAUAGAACAACUUUCCGCGCGGGCCACAUGGAAGUGAAGAAAGAUUCUGGGCAGGACGGCGAUCUGCGGGACUAUUUCAGGUGCAUGGUGGGCACUAUUGCAAUAGCGAAAUUAUACAGCGGCAGCUGCAAAACAAGAGAGACUGUACGAAAGAUAAUUAAUAAGGUGCGCAUCUGGGGUGGGGAGGAGGGUAAUAUAGGGAAAGAGCAACAAUGUGCUAGGCUCGAUUAUGAUACCUUACAAAUAGGCUCCAAAUUUUUUGCAAAAACCAUGGGAGAUUGGAUAAACAAAUGGAGGCAAAGAACAUAUGGAGGCGUGAGUUCGGGGCAGGGCAAUACGGAUUGUGAGGGUGCGGAAGCAAGAAGAUCAAAGGAAAAUGCAGAAAAGGAGGUGAAACAUGGUCCUGUAAUAACAGCAUUGGAGGAUGGUACUGUACAAAGUAUAAGGACCAUGAUUGAGAAUAAGGAGGCAAUAAGCGAUGAUCAGAAACAGAAAAUAAUGGAAGAAUUCAAAAAUACAGGAACGGGAGGGGAGGCAUGGAAGAAAAUAUUGGACGAUAUAGGACCAGGGAAAACGUCAGUUACACCAGCCGCCGCUGAAAAACCCGUCCGCGCAACACCAGCAGUUGCAGCAUCGCCGGUAGCACCGGGAGCCACGGCAACACCAGCACCAUCAGGGGAACCGACCGCAAAGGGCGCGACACCGCAGACAGGUGGUUCCGGGGAUGACAAGACCAAACACAAAGGGAAGACAAAACCGGAUGGCGCUUCCACGACAACUCAACCGUCCACGACACCACUACCAACAGGUUCAGGUACAGGGGGUACACCGGGAACUCAGUCGCCACCACCAGGGCCUGUAGGAGCAGGAAGGGCAGACACGCCACUGGCAGCACCGGAAGGAUCACCAGGUCGAGCGGAUCAAGCAGCUGCGGACACGAGGGUACCAGCAUCAGCUCCCGUACCACAACCCCCACCUCCUGACCCAAAUCAGGCAAAUGAUCAGGGAGGAUCGGGACAAGGAGCAGGAGCAGCAACAGAUCCCGUACCACAACCUCCACCUGCGGCACCAUCAGAUCCGUCUCCGACAGCACCAUCCACAGGGGCAGGAGGAGCAGGC